UCAACAAGAAGAAAGAAACCCAAAAGAGCGAGCAAAGAUCUCCAUCAAAAUGCAUGAUUUCUUCUCCAACUUUCUACAUGUGCAAUAAAGUUAAACAAACUUGCUAUCUGUAAGCUUUUAGAAUUCUUUUUUAUAUUGAUAAUUGCCAACUUUUUCAGUCCAAAAACAAUAUCCCAUGACUUCUUUUUAGGCAUUGGCUAUGUUAAGUUAGAAACGCACACAAAAAAAAAACAAUGAAGCAUUAAGUUUGCUUGAUAGAUAAGGUGCCUACUAUCAAUUCCAUCAUCAGACUGGAAGCGGCUCUUACAAGGGGCAACUUUUGUUUUUUCUGUUAUUAUUAUUUUUCUUUUAAUUGUUGCCGCGCUUAGAGAUGGAUUUUAAAUAAAAGGGUAUGACAAUAGAUAGAAUCUGGUUCAAUUGUCUAAAUGCUUCAAACCUAUUCUUUUUUUCUUGUUUCACAUAGAAUUCAGUCUGAUUUAGUAACUCAAUUUAUAGUUUUAUUUUGUAUCAUGUAAGAAAUGGGGAAAAAUGGCGAAGCUUCUUCAUUUUUCUUUUUUGAAGUAGCUUAAAAGGAAGAAUGCAUCGCUUAAGCAACCAUGUUUUCUACAGUAAUGGCUAAGGCAAGGCAUGUUUCUGAUGGAAACCAUCUAAACUAUCCCCAUCAAUGUUUCUGGUUUCUAGCUCUCUUCUUUCUAAUCUAAACAUGAUUUGCUCAGAUAAGCUUGAUCUUCUAGUUAGGGUCAAUGAUUGUUUAUCUAUACUGAAAUAGUGGAGAAGGUUCAGGUUCAAAUUCUGACAAGUCCUUGCUGAUUAAAAAUUUUCAACCUGCCUAAACAAAAUAAAAUUGUUUUAGUGCCUCAUGUUACUUCUCUGACAAUGACUUUUAGGUGCAUAAGCCAACCCACUCCUUUGAAUGAUUAUAUUUCUUUUCUGUUGAAAUACAAGAAUAAUGUCAAGUUUCCUGCACCUAGACUUUAAAGAAUUUAUUUAAUUGAUUAAGAGAAAUGGUAUAAUUAGCUGCUAACUGCAUACAAGUUGUAAUGAUGUCUGUACAAUUAAAAUAUGUGCCCUUAAUAUAUUUAAGCAGUGAAAUGAGCACAUAUUUAUAUAAAGAAAAUGGAGAAUAUGCUUCAUUUAAUUCCUCAUCAGCUCCUCAAGUUGCAGAUAAGUCAUCAAUUGACCUAUUUUUAGUUCAUGUGAUUUGGUCCUUAUUGAUCAAGAUCUGGGUUCUCUAAUUUUUGUAAUUAUGAGGGCAUGGAAAAUCUCAAACAAUCUAAAAGGCACAUUUUAAAAUAUAACAUUUUUUUCAGCCAACCAGCAAUUUUCAAUUUGUUUAGGACCCCACCUUUCCACUACCAUAAUUGCUUACCUGGGGCUAUCCCCAGUCCUCUUUCCUUGCACAUGAAAAAUAUUUCAAAUUUUGUUUGGUGAGAUGCACAACAGGCAAUAUCUUAGAAAAAUUGCAUCAUUGGUAUCUUGUCUAUAUUCUGUUUGCAAAACCUGAUACAGAAGAAUUGCAUUUUUUGGUAUGUUAAGAUGCACUAGUGAUUUCACAAAUAAAUAUUACAAAUAGUUGUGAUUUGAUACCUUAUUCUCCUGUAAGCUUCAUGAAACUUCUGAUCCUUUGUUCUUGGAUACAUUGUGAACCAUAGAGCCUUUUUUCUUUACAUUAGUCUAUGACAAGAAUUUGAUCACACCUUAAAAAUUAAUAAAUGAAUGAAUAUAAAAGCAGAAAGUGAAUUUCACCUUAAAAGUUGAGAAAGAAACAUUCCAACUUAAAGUUCUCAAAAAAAUCAUUGUGCCAAGCAAUGGGGGGUCCAUGUUGUGGGCUAUAUAAUUGGUUCAAGUCAAUUAGGAAAGCAUAAUUUAUAUCCAAUACUCUUUUUCAUCAUGUUUGGAUAACUACUUUUUUUUUUUUUUUGUAAUUAAAGAGAUUGGUCUCUACAAGUUAAAGAAUUGCCAUUGUUUAGUUUUCUCUUUUCUCUUUUCUCUUUUCUCUUUUCUCUUUUUCAAGCAAAAAUCAUAUUCCACCGUAGCUUUGUCUCAAGAAAUAAAACAUGGUUGCAGUGUUUAAUAAAGAGCUACUAAGUUGGUAUCUUAUCACACUCAAACUCAGAGAAACAGUAGAAUCGGCAAUUCCAGCAUCGUCUAAUGCUACCCCAUUGCCUGAAUUUCAAGAACAGGCUAAGCAAGAAGUGCAGAAGCAGCAGAAGGCAAUAUCAGAUUCCCAGCAGAUUGUGAUCGAAAAAGAUAGCGAAAACUUCGAAGAGGAAACCAAGUCACCUGAUUUUGAAUGGGUGAUAUCCAUAAAAGAAAAACUCGAACAAGCUCACCAAGAUGAUGCAGCAGGUUCAUGGGCAAAGUUGUGCAUCUACAGAGUUCCUCACUACCUGAGAGAAGGGGAUGAUAAAGCUAUUGUUCCACAGAUUGUCUCCUUAGGACCUUAUCACCAUGCGAAGAGACGUUUGCGCCAAAUGGAUCGUCAUAAAUGGCGUUCCCUUCAACAUGUUCUCAAGCGUACUAAUAAGGACAUAAAGCUUUUUCUUGAUUCUGUAAGAGAAGUUGAAGAAAGAGCUCGUUCCUGCUACGAGGGAACGAUUGGUCUAAGUAGUAAUGAAUUUGUUGAAAUGAUGGUUCUUGAUGGUUGUUUUGUGCUUGAACUCUUUAGGGGUGCUGCUGAAGGUUUCAAGCAACUUGGUUAUGCUAGAAAUGAUCCCAUUUUCGCAAUGCGUGGAUCAAUGCAUUCUAUUCAGAGAGACAUGAUAAUGCUAGAGAAUCAGCUUCCACUCUUUAUACUUGAUCUCUUACUGGGACUUCAGUUUGAUAAUCCUGAUCAGAAAGGAUUUGUAGCAAAGCUUGCACUCACAUUCUUUGACCCACUAAUGCCCACAGAUGAGCCAUUGACGAAAAGUGAAAAGAACAAAUUGGAGUCUUCACUUGGAUAUGCAACUACUUUUGAUCCAUUAGCAGAUCAAGGAGGUCUGCAUUGCCUUGAUGUUUUCAGACGAAGUCUCCUGCGUUCAGGGCCUAAACCUGUGCCAAGAAAUUGGAUCAAGAGAUGGUCAAACAACAACCGUGUUGCUGAUAAACGGCGAACACAAUUGAUUCAUUGUGUCACAGAACUCAGAGAGGCAGGUAUCAAGUUCAAGAAAAGGAAGACUGAUAGAUUCUGGGAUAUAAAAUUCAAGGAUGGGGUUCUUCGAAUUCCUCGUCUCUUAGUCCAUGAUGGGACUAAGUCACUUUUCCUUAAUCUAAUUGCAUUUGAGCAGUGCCAUCUUGAUUGUGGCAAUGACAUUACCUCUUAUGUGGUCUUCAUGGAUAACUUGAUCAACUCUCCCCAGGAUGUUGCUUACCUUCAUUACUGUGGUAUACUUGAGCAUUGGCUUGGCAGUGAUGCUGAAGUUGCAGACCUAUUCAACCGCCUCUGUCAAGAGGUUGUGUUCGAUAUAAAUGAUAGUUAUCUUUCUCAGCUGUCUCAGGAUGUAAACCAGUAUUACAAUCACAGGUGGAAUACAUGGCGUGCUAGUCUGAAACAUAACUAUUUUGGCAAUCCUUGGGCCAUCAUCUCAUUAGUUGCUGCUGUUGUGCUGCUCGCUCUUACUUUCGCACAAACUUUCUAUAGCGUUUAUGGCUAUUACAUGCCACUUUCUUGAAUGCAGUUGAGGCUUUCUUCUUGAUCUCUUUUAUUUGGAGUUGCAGUUUAGGUUUUUGAGACAAAUGGUUUCCAUACAAUCCCCUGGACUUCUUCCUUAUUUAUUAAUUUAUUUAUUUUGAGUUAUUUAGCCUACAAUCAGAAGUUUGCUGGCCUGGUGCCAUUUUUAUACCAAGAUAUUACGUCCCAAGACAAUAUUUGAUUGUUUCACUACCAAA